AUGGGUGAAAAGAGCUUCUCUGGCGGUGAGGGCCGCUCCAAUGGGCAGCUCAAGAAGAGUGGCGGAAUGGUUGCGCCAGCAAAAGGGAUCUUGAAGUCGAGCCAGAACACAGAUCAACCACAACAGUUGCACGCACUGGACUCUUCAUUUCUGGCGUCCGGGGAUAUCCAGCUGCCAGACAGAAUCCUAUCCAAAUCAGACUUGCAGGAAGGGAACAAUACAACUUCGAGGAUUCACACUUUGGCUCUGCAGGAGAAAAUAAGCAGAAGGGUUUCCUUUGCCCCGGACGUUACGUUACACAGCUUUGACUUCGUACCGGAAACGAAAGCUAAUCUUCGAGAACCUAGAAGAAGAGCGUACGACGUUUUUGCGACCUCCACUCAGAAUGAACAGGUGCCAGGCGAAGUUGAAGAUGAAUCAUUACCUAUGGACUUGACGUCGCCGGUAGCCGUCUCGAAACAGGCGUACAAACCGGUGUUUGAUCAAGAAGUUUCGAUGGAAAUUACGCAGCUAUUCCCGAAACACGAUAAAACACAUCCUACUGAUACAGAAGAGACCAUGGAAUUUACUGCGCUGCAGAACCGUUCGAACAAUGCAAUACCCGAGCAGUCAACGAUGGAGAUCACAGAAGUCCACAGUUUUAAACAAUCAGCCGGGGCCUCACGCCCGGAGACUCCACCCACUAGCAAGAGGCGGAAACUGGCUGAGCCAAGCAACGAUAUUCGUGACUCUGAGAGCUCAGAGGAACAAGACAUGGAAUUAUCACUGAUGGAAAAACUGUCGCCGAUAAAACUGAAUUCAAUAGAGCCGCAAGUCACAAAACCUGUUUUUGAAGAGCCGGAAUCGUAUUCCCUACAGAAGUUCAUCGAAAUCACCGGACUUUCUUUCUUUAUUGACACCGACUUGCUGGAUAAAACCAAAAAGCCUGUCGUAUUCAAAACAAUCCAACCACUGCAGCCAGCUAGUUUCAGAUUAAACAAGGUGCUUAAUGUUUUGUAUCUCGAUACGCCGGUCUUAGAGAUGAAUGCGUUUAUCUGUAAGGAACUCAUGCAUAGGGUUGAGCAAUCCAAAAAACAGUUUGAUGAUCUGGAUCGUCAAAUAAAUACUUCGUCACCGCCACCUUUACUGCUGAGUGAGUAUUUCAACGCGAGUUAUGAUAUGAGACAAUCAAUGAACCAACAGUUGCAUUUGGUAAAAAGCUACUCUAAGUUGAAGGCUAAAAAGUCUUGGUUCGAAUGGCGAUUUCAACAUUUAAAUGGUAUCAAGGCUGUUUUAGAAGAAAAUCUAACUCUAAUACGUGGCGAGAAUGCCAAGGUUGAGCUGGAAUUGACCAAGGCGCGCGAUAUACGAUCUAAAGCGCAGGCACUGCGAGAAGCAAUCAAAAACGAAAUUAUGCUUUUGAAAGAACUUCCGCCAGAAGCUUGUCAGGAGGAGAAGCGACUCGAAGAAAAAGUUAGACUAGAACAGCUGAAACAAGAGUUGGCUCUCUAUGCAGUAGACAUCACCAAUCAUCAAGCUCUGGCAGAAAAGAGCAGUGAGCUCAAAAGCAAAUUAACUGCCAAAGUUGCUCAACUCGUCUCAUUGAAAAAUGAAAUAAAGUCCUUGGAUCAGUUGCACUCAACAAAACCAAAGAAAUCAGGCUUUACGCAAUACGACAUCAAGAAAUAUAGUGCCAAACUUGAUAUAUUGGGCAAGAUAUCAGGAGUUGAGUUUGUGCAGUUUAAAAAAUCUGAGCUAACUUUGAGAUUCGCCUGGCUAGACACUUCACAACAGUUGACGAUCAAUCUCUCCAAUUUGAACAAUAGCAGUGCAAAAACGUACGAAAUAAUCGGCUCCGCUGAUAUGGCAUUCAUUUUUGACCACUGUUAUCACAGGGCCAUGAAAGCCGUAUCUGUUACAUCAUCGCAUCAGCACCUAUCGCUUUUCCUUGCAAGCGCAAGGCAGUCGCAAGCAUUGAUCAAAGAAUACGCGCUGCUUCGACUUUCGUUUCCGGUUGAGGUGCGACUCAAGAACGACGUUAAGGUUUUGGAGAUUAAGGAUUUUGACUUACGAACGAAUUCUAAAAGAAUCUAUGAUCUAAAUCUGAACGAUUUUCUCACUGCUGCUCAGGACAAAAACGGGAGCGUCCGCGUCAAGACUACAGUUAUCGAGCGGGGCCAUUCGGCGUCAUCCUCAAAUUCCGCUGCAUUCUUCAAGAAAAUAGUCAAAAUACUGCCCUGGUUUGAUAUGUCUCGAGUAAUAUUCUCGGAAAAUCUAACGAAAUAG